GCGAGCAGCCGCAACUUUUCGGAUGAGCUGAACUUCUUGCUCCGGACAAACCGGAGACCGGAGGAGCGAGGCGGGGAGCGGACAGCACCGGGACUCAAGCGGCGACGAGCCACAGACGGAGGUAGUUCUGCAGCUCGGUCUCUUUACACCCCCGGUUCUUUUCUGUGUGAGGCUACCGGGCCGCGGCGGCUCGUGAACGCAGGUGACGGAGCAGCGACAGCGGUGGUUUUUUUCCCUCCGGUGCCCGCCGCCGACAGGAGAUUCCCGGAGGGAAACCUUCUCUGACGACACAAGUAGAGGAAACAGAGGCGCAGGAUUAAAGGAAGACACAUCCUGGUCAUUGUUCAUCACUGCUGGAUGGAGGUGCCGCUCUAAUCUUACCACAUGAAGCUGGGAAAGCUGUCAUCUGUUUGCUGCUCAUCAUAAAGCUUUCAUGCUGUCUCAUCUGCUGCUCACUGGCUUUGACAAGAUACUGCGAUUUUCAUUGCUGAUUUAGACUGAAUACUUCACUCGAAUGAGAUAUCAGCUGUGAGAGUUCACCAUCAAAACAUUUUUGCCAUCAAGCUCCAGCUACCAAAAGCACCAAAUGUGUCCUUAAGACUCUCAUCACUUCACUCACUGGGCAUUAUGUUGACCCUAACCUAAAGCCAUCAGCACCCCAUCCCUACCUUUCCUUCCCAUCUCCCCUCCCUGCACCCUCCCCCAUCUCCAUCAUGACCAGUCUGAAGCGCUCUCAGACGGAGCGCUCGGUUGGGGGCUCAGUGCCAGCCACUGAUGAGUUUUACACCCGCCGUCUGCGCCUGCCCAAUGGAGGGGCGCCCCCACCCCGCAGCGAGAGCGCCCACAUUUCCUCUUCCACCACCACUGGCACCAACCCCGGCGUCCCCAAGAUGGGGGUUCGGGCUCGUGUGGCUGACUGGCCGCCAAGGAAAGAUGGGGGAGGGGGGGGUGUUUGGCACAUCACCGUGGAAACCGACUCCCCCAGCUCCACCAACACCACCAGUUCAUCAGGAUCUGGAAGUGGAGAUAGAGAAAGACUUGUCGGUGGGGGAGGAGGAGGGAGUGGAAGUGGUGGUAGUGGUAGUAGUGGCAGUGGAAGUGGAGGGGUGUCAGCUGUUACAGCCCACAGCAAUCUGUCGGCUAAGCUCGGCCACCUAAUAAGCCCACAGGACUCGUCCAUGCUGCGCAACAUCCACAACACAUUAAAGAAUAAGAUGCAAAGCAAAGGAAAAGACAAUCGCUUCCUUUCACCAGAUGGCUAUCUGGGCUCACCCCGCAAAGGCAUGAGGCGCAUCCGCCAGCGCAGUAACAGUGAUAUAACUAUUAGUGAGUUGGAUGCCGAUGGCAAUGAGGGCUGGUCUUUCUCAGGGUGGACACCCAUGCACCGCGAGUAUGGCAGCACGUCAUCCAUAGAUAAACAUGGAGUGUCAGGAGAGAGUUUCUUUGACAUGCUAAAGGGAUACCAGUCCUCUGAGGCCCCUGAUCAGCGAAGCCCAGCUCCAGAGAGGCUGACGGAGCUCCUUACAGUGGCCCCCAUAAAACAGGCUGCACUUGACCUGCCAGAUGGACCUUUAGGUCCAGCCAGAGGUAGUCCUGCCAGUCGGCUGAAGGAACGAGAGAAGCACUUAAAAAGGAGGUCAAAGUCAGAGACGGGUGGAGAGUCUAUAUUUCGUAAGCUGCGCAGUGUGAAGGUGGAGGGGGACACGUCAAGGGCUGGGUCCGAUGCUGAAGAUGGGGGGAAAGGAGAUGAAAGUGGCCCACCUCCAAAACCCUGGGUGUGCCAGAGAGGGUUUGCCCAUUUUGAUAUUCAGUCUCUACUCUUCGACCUCAAUGAGGCAAUCCAAAGUCGUCAGUCUGGGGCGAAACGGAAGAACACCACAACGGGUGCCUCUGCUGCUGCUGCUGCCUCCGCUUCCGCCACAUCCUCCCUCUCCUCUAAUCAGAGCGGAGGGUAUGGGUCACCGUGCGGCUCACAAGAGGAGCUGAGCAAGGAGGGAGCAGGAGGACAUAAUGCUAACCCUGCCUUAGACCCUGGUGAUGACAAAAGCAACGAUCUGGUGCUCAGCUGCCCCUGUUUCAGGAAUGAGAUUGGUGGAGAGGGUGAGAGGAACAUCUCUCCUGCUAAACAGCAGGGCAGCAUAGGCAGUGGUGGAAGUUCAAGCAGUUCUUCUGGCAGUACGGAGGAAGGACCGCUGGAUGCCAUCCUCAAUACUCAUUUUAGCAACGCUGGUGUGGCAGUUAUGGAGGCUCCGAAGGACGGGCCCAGUCAGCAUGCCGACAGGUCCAAGCGAUACAUCGUGGAGCAUGUUGACCUUGGUGCCUAUUACUACAGAAAGUACUUCUACCUGAGAGAACACUGGAACUAUCUGGGUGUAGACGAGAACCUGGGUCCCGUGGCAGUCAGUCUGAGGAGGGAGAAGCUGGAAGAACACAAGGAGCAUGGCCAACAGUACAACUUCAGGGUCAUCUUCAGAAUGAGCGAGCUAAACACCCUGAGAGGCGCCAUCCUGGAGGACGCAGUACCUUCCACAUCCAAGCACGGCCUAGCUCGAGGCCUGCCUCUCAAAGAGGUGCUGGAGUACCUGGUACCCGAGCUGAAUGCUCACUGCCUGCGGCUGGCGCUCAACACACCUAAGGUCACCGAGCAGCUGAUGAAGCUGGACGAGCAGGGGCUGAGUUUCCAGCGGAAGGUCGGGGUGAUGUACUGCAUGGCGGGUCAGAGCAGCGAGGAGGAGAUGUACAACAACGACUCAGCCGGCCCUGCACUGGAGGAGUUCCUACAUCUGCUGGGGGAGAGGGUUCGGCUCAAAGGCUUCACCAAGUACCGAGCUCAGCUGGACACAAAGACUGACUCGACCGGCACCCACUCCUUGUACACCACUUACAAGGACUAUGAGAUCAUGUUCCAUGUGUCUACCAUGCUGCCCUACACACCCAACAAUAAGCAACAGUUACUGCGGAAGCGCCAUAUCGGGAAUGAUAUCGUCACAAUCGUGUUCCAAGAGCCCGGGGCACUUCCGUUCACCCCCAAAAACAUCCGCUCACAUUUCCAGCAUGUCUUUGUGAUUGUGCGGGCACACAAUCCCUGUUCUGACAACAGCUCCUACAGUGUGGCAGUCACUCGCUCCAAAGAUGUGCCAUCUUUCGGCCCACCAAUCCCAGAGGGCGUGAUCUUCCCCAAGUCCUCCGUGUUCCGGGACUUCCUGCUGGCCAAGGUCGUUAAUGCAGAAAACGCUGCUCACAAGUCACACAAGUUCCGCGCGAUGGCCACCCGAACGCGCCAGGAGUACUUGCGUGACCUGGCUGAGCGCCACACCACGAGCACGCCCAUCGACCCCUCGGGAAAGUUUCCCUUCAUCUCAUUGGCUCACAAGAAAAAGGAGAAGAGCCGGCCCUAUGUAGGGGCGGAGCUGCGCAGCCUUGGGGCGGUGACCUGGCUGGUACACGCUGAGGAUCACGGGACUGGAGGAGAACUGGAGGCUCUCCUCGCCAUCUCCAAUGACUUCGUCAUCUUGUUGGACCAAGACGCUAAGGCGGUGGUGUUAAACUGUGCCACUAAGGACGUGAUUGGCUGGAUGCUGAGCAGCCCUGCGUCUUUGCGGAUUUUCUAUGAGCGGGGAGAAAGUGUGUCUCUGAGGAGUAUCAGUAAUAACACUGAGGAUUUCAAAGAGGUGGUCAAACGUCUAGAGUUCCUGACUAAAGGCUGUGAGACAUCAGAGAUGACACUUCGUCGAAAUGGCCUGGGGCAGCUUGGCUUCCAUGUGAACUACGAAGGCAUCGUGGCUGAGGUGGAGCCGUACGGCUACGCCUGGCAGGCAGGACUGCGGCAGGGAAGCCGAUUGGUGGAAAUCUGCAAAGUUGCUGUAGCGACACUGACACAUGAGCAGAUGAUUGACCUCCUGCGGACCUCAGUGACAGUGCGUGUUGUUAUUAUCCCACCACAUGAAGAUGCCACUCCACGCAGAGGCUGCUCGGAGCUCUAUCGGAUGCCUGUGUCUGAAUACAAGGGCAGCAGCAGCGAUAGUGGAUCCUUCGAAUACAAGUUCCCCUUCCGUAGCAACAACAACAAAUGGCAGAGGACGUCCAGCAGCCCUCAGCAGUCGCUGACCGCCUCGCCUCAGCCCCACACGCCCAACCGUGCCAUCAGCCUGGGUAGCUCCGUGGGGAAGACCCUGUCCGCCGAGAGGCUGGAGAGGGGCGCAGUCAUCCCACGCAGUGUGAGCAGCGAUGGCCGACCCCUGGACACCAAACGGAUGUCUCCGGGCAGUGAGAGCUACAGCCUGGUCUCCUCCCUGGCGUUGGGUCGUUCCCCUCACAAUCGAAGCUCUCCAAGCAACUUGUCCUGUUCCAGUGACGCCUCCGGAAGCUCCGCUCACUGGAGACAGAAGUCCAUGCCCGAGCAGUUUGCAAGCAGCCGCCACUCUCCCAUGCCUUCGGAGAGACGAGAGGUGGUCGGCGAGGGCGGGUCCAGUGGGAAGUCCACUCCCAAUUGGUCAAGAAUGGAGGAAGGGGGAGGAGCAGAACGGGGGUCAACAGAGGCCCCGGUCUCCAAGUCGGGUCAAGGCUACUCUGGAGCUCCUCGCAUCCAGAGGCAGGAGCAGGUCAUCCAUGUGUCCCCGAAGAAGGGAAGCCAGUCGGACGGCCCUUACUCUGGCCACUCCAGCAGCAACACUCUGUCCAGCACAGCUUCCAGUGGCGCUCACAGCGACAGUGAUAAAUGGUAUGAAGUAGGAGCAGGUGGAGGCUCCGCCGCUGACCAGGGCGACACGGAGCCCAACGGCCUGGGAGGAGGAGGUUAUCUCCAGGGUGCGUCGGCCGACAGUGGCAUCGAUACCAGCUCUUACGGAGCCUCGCACCACACCCACCCGCACUCUCAUCACGGCAGCACCACCUCCCUGCUGGCUCCCAGUGGCAGUAGGGAGAGUAGGGAGAAGCGAUCGGCCUCUCCGUGGCACAGCCCCACCGAGGGAGGCCGCAGGAUGCUGGAGAGGUCCCCUGCUGCUGCCGAGUCCCCGGGCCCUCCAGGAGAAAGGAGCAUGGACGGGACCGGCAGAAGCCCACCUACUCAUCUUCUCGUCAGGGAUAGCAGCACCUUCAGUCUGAAUGAAGCUGGAUCACACUCAAGGCACUCAGGCCACAGCUCGCCCAGAGACGAGUCCUCAUCUGCGACUACCUCUCCGUCCUCCCAGUCCUCCGCGUCCCCAGGGCCCAAGAGCUUCUACCCUCGCCAAGGAGCUCAGUCCAAGUACCUGAUUGGCUGGAGGAAGCCAGGCUCCACCAUCAACUCUGUCGACUUCGGAGACACACGCAAGAAGUCUCCAGGAGAGGGUGGAGUAGAGGGUAUUCCAACCCCUGCAGCCAGGCCCUCUCUUCGGGAUAUGCACUCACCUCAGCCUCAUGCUAAAUCUACGAUGGAGGAAGAUGUGAAGAGGCACGGGGCUCCAGACAGCCCCCCAGCCCCACGCAGGCAUAAGGAAAAGCACGGCCAGAAAUCACCAACUGGCCAUCAUCUCAGCCACCGUCGCUCACUCCAUCGCACCCUGUCAGACGAGAGCAUCUACCGCGGCCAGCGCCUUCCCGCCCUGAGCGACUUGGUGGCAGAACCAGUUAGCGAUGUUCUCUUCAGCUGCUCCACCCUCCCCCGCUCACCCACGACCCGGGGUGUGCCCCUCCGACGGCCCUCCUAUAAGCUCGGUGUCAAACUGCACGGCGACCUUUCGGCGUCUGACACAUCCCUGGUGGAUUUGGUGGAGCGACAACGCGGACCCCUCCCACAGGAGCUGAUGCCCCUCCCUUCUUCAGAAAGGGACAGCCCUCUGGAUUGGACGCACUUGGUGGACGUGGCCAGUACCUUUGAGAGUGACAGGAACCCUCACUACGUUCAGAGAAGUUAUGUGUUCGGGGAUUCAAAUCACCGGAGCAGCGGCGCCUCCAGUCCACAGCAGCCUCACAUCGAGCUGCAGCCGGCGCCACUGUCCCGGCCCUCAUCAAGUGAGGGUCACAUAGGGCUGGAGAGGAAAGUGACUAAACUUGAGGCGAUUGUGAAGAUGCUCCAGGAGGACCUGAAGAAGGAGCGUGAAGAAAAGCUGCGGCUCCAGGCUCAGAUCAAGCGGCUGUGGGAGGACAACCAGAGGCUGCAGGAGGAAUCUCAGACCUCGGCCGCCAAGCUCAAGAAGUUCACCGAGUGGGUCUUCAACACCAUCGACAUGAACUGACGCGCUCCCGCACGUUCUAACCUGCACACGCACCCACACGACUUCAUCCAUCAGCACACACAGUCUGGACAGAGACGCGGAGCGGGAGACACGUUCUAAGACUCAUUCAACCUGAUGCCGAACCCUCCCUCCAUCUUCCAUUGGCUUCAAACAUCAGGGGCUUCUAUUGCCGACCAGUCUCAAUCUCUGCACACCCUCUGUUCAACUCCUCAGGAUGAGGCCCAAGAAGAACGCGUGUUGUUUAUCACAUUAUGAAGGACUGACCUCUGAACUCCUGCGGGACCACGAGAGCGUUGCUGAAUUGAGCUUUCUCUCAUCUCGCUGUGCCAAAAUCUCUUCAGCAAAAUAACCAACAAGAGAAAACACCCCUCCUCCACUUGGCCUUUUCCAGUUAUUUCAGAUGCCAAGUUCUCCCAAGUGGACAUGAGUCUCUUUUGAAGACGACUGUCUUUUUCCUCACCGUUCCCAUUUUUCAAGCACCUUUUUCAAAUGUUGCCCAGCUCCUCUGGAAGGUGAUUUCAGGUGUUUCGUGCCAAAUCAGCCCCCCCCACAGCAGAGGGUUGGUCUCUGACUGGCCUUGCAAAGUCAGACAGGGCAACAAUAAAUCUGCCAGCCCAGCCACUAAAGUGUUCGCUGUAACACAGACGGACAAAAGAGCCACAAGACAGGAGAGGAUUCUGUUUCCUUCACAUGUAAAAGGAGAAUAAAGAGGUUAAGCAACUUUCUUUUUUUUUCCCUGCUCACAGUUGGAAACCCCUGAACAGUCUCCGUGGCCGUUUGUCCGUGAGCCACUGACACGGAGUCGGGUCGAUCUGCCGCCGCACGGCUGAAAAGUCUGGAUUUGUACAGUUUUCAUUUCUCGACCUCUGUGCGAGUCAGGUCCGGAUUGCAACAUUCGAUCUGUCUCAACAGCACAAACCACCACCUGACACAGGAGUAUAUAUUUAAAAGCCAUCGGCAGUGGUGCCAUAAAAACAAGACUGAUAUCCAGAGUGCUUUGGUUCCAUCCCAGUCGUUCGUGUCUUAAAAGCAAUAGGAACAAGUCGGAACUCGUGUUUUUCUCCCUCACGAAAAUGGAGAGUUUGCUCUUAGAGGAGGUUUGACGUGGGAUUCGGUGAUUUAAAGGUCAAACUGACAAAAACGCCGGUGUCUACUGCACAAGAACCUCAAGAGGCUUUUUCCACCGAACAUCGUGUUCAGGGGGAAACAGGAAAAGAGGACGCCACUCAUCAUUCCACACGACUGGAAAACAAAGAGCCAGCUGAAAAUAAAUGACAGAGACAUUUUGGAUGAGAAAAGUGAAGGUUUUUCUGUUUUUGUUCCUCGGGUUAAUUUAUUUCCUUGUAUUAUAAUUCCAAUAAAUAAGUUGUUCUAUUCGUAACAGUACAACUGACAUCAGUGUUUUAGUUCCUGAAGAAAAAGGGUCACUAGCUAUAUUAUUUAAACGGCUUUCUUUCUUAAUUCUGGCUAAAGCCGGACUAUAAUGCUUUUUAUUCUGUAUUCUGUUGUAGUUUGUGGUGCCCAAGCCUGCUGUUGUGUUGCUUACAGUGCCCUCUAGUGACGACCAGUGGAAAUGUCAUGGUUAUUAAAUGUGCUGCCAGUCACCCUGUAUUUCUCCAACGACUCUUCAGCCGUCAGUCAUGGACCAGACACACACACACACACACGCACACACACAGGACAGGACAAAUCAUCAGAAGCUUUGAGAGACAAUCAAAGGUUGAUUUUUGACGAUGGGAGAGUCUGUGUGUGUCUGUGUCUGUGUGCUUCAGUUCAAACAGUUUUGCUCAGGUUCAGUCUUUGUUGGGAAACGUGUGAGGAUCUUUUUCCGAAAGCUAUUCAACAAUAAUGACUUGUUUGGCGAUGUUUAAAAUACCCACCAUAAAAGGGAGCCUCAGUACCUUGCUGUACUCGUGGUUGUGAGUGUGUGUGAAUGUGCAUCAGUCUAUCCAGCCGUGCCUACAGUCACUUGUUUCGGUCAUUUACUCGCAGGAAGAGCAGGGAUGUGCCUUUAGAAACAGCACCUGGGAAACAGAUUAAAGGGAAUGGCUCUUCCUUCUAUUUCUGAAAAACACACACACCUGACUACACAAACACACACAGACACACAUUCACUUCACAGACGCGGCCUCAUAAAUGUUUGUUUGGAGAUUGUGCUUCUCUUGGUCAGAUGAAUAUUUUUAUGUAACACAAACAGACCAGGCAGGGAUGAGAGUGUGUGAAGUGUACGAGAAGUGUGUGUGUGUGUGUGUGUGUGUGUGUGUGUGCAUGUGUGUCUUUACAUUCAGUUACAUGCAGUGUAUUAUUCAGAGCAGCUGGCCGUUGUAAUAACGAGUUUAAUGUCCAAGCAUAUUUCCCCUGAAUCACAAAGCCACUUUUAUCCCAAGCAGAUGCCACAGAGCUUCUUCCCUCAGACAGGUGUUGGGGUUUAUUCCAGGUCACUAACAAAAAAAAACAGUUGUCAGCCUUAAUUCCCCCGUCGUCUGCCGUCAAACCCUUACGAUGAAAGACUGAGCCAGUAAAUUAGCGUCUUAAAUCGAUGCAGCUCAAACCCGUGCAGGAGCAAAACAACACGACGGCGCCCCGAUCCGAAUGUAAAGGGAGAAUUAAACGCGCCUAAAGAAAUGUGAUGUUUACGAUAACUGACGUUCAGCGAGUUGGACGAGUGGACUCCUGACGGAAGGAUGUAGAAGUGUCGGUUCUGUUUUAAGAAUCUCGUGUCGGCCAGUUGUCCGAUAAUGUGAAAUCCUUCAAAUCUUCACAAACGAUGAGUCGUGGAGGCAGAAACGUUCCCCAUCCAAGUUCUAAGUGUUAAAUCGGUUUCACUGGUUUCCUGCCCACAUCUAUGUCGACGCCUAAAUGACGAGUGUUGGAUAAUAACGUUUUUCGUAUUUCACUGUACAUUGAAAGUGCUUCUAGUCUUUUGUAUUUCAAAUGGGAGUAUGGCCAAAUGACAGAUGUUUGAGUGGCAUCUAGUUGGAGGAUGGUUACAGAUGUCAACCUUCAGACAGAGACGUUAACACACACACACCGGUUCAUUUGUGAAUGAGUUAUUGUUUCUCUUUCUUUUUUCCUCCGCUUUGUUUUUGUUGCUUUUAAGAAGGAUGUUGGAAAUGUGAAUGUGCUGAUGUUCAAAUUUUCCAUUUUUGUAAUCUCUUGUUUUGUUUUUUUUGUUGAGAUCCUUUGCACAAUGUUUUAUAAAAGGGUUUGAGUCGACAGGUUGUGGAUGUAAGAAGGGAGAAUCGAUCCAUUCCUGUGUGAUCCUGUCUCAAUGUUGCCCUGUAGUUUUCUUGCCAGUUGCAGUUCCUGGCGGAGGAGGAGGGAGCUUGACUUUAUUCACCUCGGGGGGGAAAAAAAGAAAACAAGAUGAGAACUGGAACCGUCCUUUUCUUUUAGUCAUCACUGAUCCGACAGGAGCAGGCUGGAUGUUGUUUGUACCGGAGGGUUGCAGGUUUUUCAGUCGCCUUGCGAGGUCAGCGGGGGGGGGGAGGUUUGCACAGAGCUCAGUCGCUGCUGUGUCAUGAUUCGUUUGGUUUCCUCCUGUUGGAAGAACAAACUUUAAAAGUCAUGUGUUCAGCUCGGACCGGAGAUAAAGCACAACGCAAUUUCAAGAGUUAAAAAAACCCAAUACUGUUUACAUCCCGGAUCCAUUGUCUUUGUAACAUGUUUGAAAAAGACAUUUGCAGUGAUCACAGUAAGUUUCUGAAAUAAAUAAAUGCUGUAUCGAU